AUGGAUGACCAGGACGAGGUGGACAAGGAACUUCUCCGCACUUUCAUUCCUCGUGUGACCCGUAUCCAUGCCAGAAUCAGAACAACGCAAUCAUCGCAAUGCCCAGAACCAACAAACGACGUGUUCAAAGAGGAAAGGAGGUUCUUCGAAGAUUCCUGGAAACAGAUUAUCCAGUCAAUUGUUCAACAGAGGUCAUCUCCGAUUACCUUUGUUCCAGAGGAUGGAUCGUUCCCAUAUCAUCCCUUCGGCGCUGCCGCUAGCUACUCCGAUGUUGCUGAUAGUGAAGGCCAUCGCCUUCGGACCCUUUGGGAGACGUUUGCCCAGGAGGCAAGCUCCUCGUAA